AUGUCUGUCAAAUUCCAAGAAGAGACCGUUCGCGCGGUCGCGAACGCCGGCGUCAAGCACGAGGACCUCGCACACCGCGUCGGCGAGCGAUUGACCGGUGGAAAGACCCAGACCGGGUACUUGGCGGCCUAUCUAAAGCAGCUGCAGAAGAACCCGCUGCGCACCAAGAUGCUCACCUCCGGUGUGCUCUCGGGUCUGCAGGAGCUGCUGGCCUCUUGGCUCGCUCACGAUGUCGGCAAGCACGGCCACUACUUCAGCUCGCGCAUCCCGAAGAUGUCCCUGUAUGGCAUGUUCAUCGCCGCGCCCCUCGGCCACGUUCUCAUCGGCAUUCUCCAGAAGAUCUUCGCUGGCCGCACCAGCCUGAAGGCCAAGAUCCUCCAGAUUCUCGUUAGCAACCUGAUCAUUUCUCCCAUCCAGAACUCGGUCUACCUGACCUCGAUGGCGAUCAUUGCCGGUGCGCGUACCUUCCACCAGGUCCGCGCCACCGUCCGCGCGGGCUUCAUGCCCGUCAUGAAGGUCAGCUGGGUCACCUCCCCGCUGGCUCUGGCCUUUGCCCAGAAGUUCCUGCCCGAGCACACCUGGGUUCCCUUCUUCAACAUCGUCGGUUUCUUCAUCGGAACCUACGUUAACACCCACACCAAGAAGAAGCGUCUCGAGGCUCUCCGCAAGCGCUACAACGAGCGCCGCGACGGUGGCUACGAGAAGCGUGACUACCCUUAA